UUUGGUUUACUGUCGUCGUUCCGCCUCAAGUUGCGCCAACACCAUGUGGGGUGAGGAUCAACUACACAAGUAGGAGUUUUUUUCCUCCCUUCUUCUUCUUCUCCUUCUUCUUCUUCUUCUUCUUCUUCUUUUGUUUUUGUUUUUUUCCUCCAACGUGUGGAAAUUGGGGAACAGGGCGCCGCGGAUCAUGGAAGUGAAUUAACAAGAGUUUGAAUGAUGGGAUAAUGUCUGUUUACACACACCAACGUUAUGCGUCGUCCGACGUGGGGGACCCGGGGACCGUAGCCUGAUUCUGGGAGAAAAGCGGCGGCGUGGAUGGACCGUCCAAGUGUCGCGGCCGGGAACACGAACCAGCACACUUGGGUUUCGCAUCGAGAGUUGAUGUGAGAGGGGAGUUUUAAAUCCGCUGCUAAGAUGGUGGAGAACCGGUGCUGGGUCCAGAGGGAGGGGGUGUACCGCUGGUUCUCCUCGCUGACUUCUGCCCAGAGAGCCGAGUUCCUGUGCGGCCUGCUGGACCUCUGCGUCCCCAUCGAGCUGCGCUUUCUGGGCUCCUGUCUGGAGGACCUGGCCCGCAAGGACUACCACUCUCUCCGGGACGCGGAGAUCAAAGCCAACAACCCGGCGGACCUGUCGGGGCUCACCAACAUCACGGACGAGGUGGUCCGCAGCAAGCUGCUGGUCUCUCUGGCCCUGCUCAGCUCGGACAACCGGGAGGCGGCGGGGGUCCUGUACCGCACGCUGACCCACAUCGACACGGUGAUCAAUAACUACGGCCUGCCGCUGAACGACGGGCGGACUGAGGAGCAGUUUCUGUUGCUCUUCACCAUGGCCUCCAACCACCCGGCGUUCAGCUUCCACCAGAAGCAUGUGCUGAGACAGGAGCUCGGCCAAAUCCAGGAGAUACUGCAGGUCAGCAGCGGGGGAAGAGAGGUUCAAGGAGCAAGGCUCAGCGGGGAUCAAACCGCUGUCUGUUACACCCAUCAUCACCAUCACCACCAGAUGACCGUACCGUUCGCCGCCAGCUGCGCCCUACCCAGCGCCAACGCCUCCUACCUGCCCCUGCCCACCUGCCAGCCCUGCCAUGCCCACUGCUCGUGCUCACACAAGAGCCAGGCCAGGGAGGCCGGCACGGGAUCAGGACUUGGGUCAGAGGUUGCAAUUAGUGAAGCCUCCAUCUCUCUCCUCACCCACCCUCCACCUCCACGCCCCUCUCCGCUCCCUUCUGGGUCAGGCCAGGAUGGACCAGUGCCAAAUCAGAGCCACUUGAGGAAAACAGGAAAAGUUGUGAUUGAGAGGGUGGAGCUGAGAGGGGUUACUCAGAAGAUUGAUGACACCAGUGAAUAUGUGCUCGAGGUCACAUGGUCAGAUGGCUGCACAUCGGCUGUCGUCAGAACUCGGCACGAGGCGACAGAAUUGCUCUCCCAGCUGUCUCAGGUGUUUCCAGACGAUGGACUGGAGAAGUUUCUCUCUCAGCCACUGGAGCUGGACCCCAGGUGCCUGACAGUGCUGCCUUGCCAUAUCCUCCAGCAUCAUAGCGUCCAUCUCUUCUUCACCUCCACCACGCCUCAGUCGCCCGUCUGUACUCCCUCUCUGCCCUCCCCUCUCCCUCCGUUACCCUCCUCUCCUCCGAUGGUCCCUGUGGCCCCGGCAUGCACCUUCACCUCCAGCACCAAUCUUGGUUGUUUGCUGCAGUACAGAGGAGCCAACAGGGCUGUGUAUGGAGUGGCCAGUAUCCAGCCAGUAGUGAGCGCCCACAGCUCCAUGCUGACUCGCUCCCUUCCUCACCUUUCCUCCCUUCCUCCCUCUCUCCCUCCUCUUCCUCCCUCCAUACCGCCUCCUCAACACUCUCCUCAGUUGUCCUCCCUUCCUCCUCCUCUUGUGCCUGCCCAGCCGGCGCCGGGCUCCAUGACUAUCUCCCCAUCGUGUGGUGUGGUGUCAGCCGGGGGGGACACAUCGUCCCAGCCACAGAGUCAGCUCCAGUCCGGUGCUCAGCCGCAAACCGGUGCCCAGACCAAGCCCCAUCCGCAGUCCCAGCACCCGUCCCAUUCUCCAGCACAAUCCCACUCACAUUCCCAGCUAGGGCCUCUGCCCAGUCCUCACUCCCAGUCCCAUGCCCAGUCGCCAUCCCAGUCCCAGUCCAAUACUCCAGAACAAAACGGUAUUCUGGACUGGCUGCGCCGGUUAAGGCUCCACAAAUAUUACCCUGUCUUUAAACAGCUAACCAUGGAGGAGUUCUUAGCUCUGACGGAGGAGGACCUGAACAAGUAUGACCUGACACAAGGAGCCAAGAAGAAACUCAAAACUCAACUAGAGCUUCAGAAUAGGGAGAUGAAGAUGGAGAAGCGCUACAUGGCAUCUCAGUUUCCUGGUUCCUGCAGCGGCAUCGCCAGAGUAACACCCUCCAGCCACAUGGGACCCCUGUCACACCCCACCUCCGCCACAGAGCUGAGAGUGGAGGUGGAUGCUUCGUCCCACCACCACCCGGUCCUCAGAGAUGGAAGCUCGUCCUCCGGCUACUCCAGCUCUCCCUGCUCCCCACGCACCCCACUCUGCCGUGACAUGACCUUUGACAGGACCAGAGACAUUCACAGACGAACGUCAGGCCCGGACACGGCAGGAGGAGGUUCGGAGAAGGACCGGUCUUGUGUUGUUCUCCUCAAUUCCGGCUGUCCAACAGGCUCCAGUCGCCCCACGGCCCAGGUCCUCCCCGUCCAGACCGACCCAGUAGCUCCUCUUCCACCACCCUGUUCCUCCCAUCUCCCCUUCAGCCUCCCCCAGUCCCCCCAGCAUCCACAGGCCAGCUACCCACAGACAUUCCUGUCCCCAGGCUCCAACCCUGCACGCAUCUUGGCCUCCCCACGUAAGCCGAGGCCUCCUCUUCUGUGUCCAGAGGACAGGAACAAGCCCCUGGGUUCAGGCCUGCCUGGUACCGGUGCCGGAUUUGGGGUAGGGGUUGGGUUAGGGCACGGUCCAACCAUGGGAAUGGGGAUUAAGUUGGAGAAUCUAUUUCCUGGGCUGAAUAUGGACGGCUCGUCUCCUAUUCACCCUUCAUCGCCCCUGCACUCCUCCUCCUCCCUUCAGGACUCAGUGGUCUGUCGAGGGCUUGUGGGGGGAGCUGUGGGUCCACGGGUAGAGACAAGUUCAGCUCUCACCUCCACCUCAAACAGCCUACACCACUUCUCCCACCCCCCUCUCCACUUCCACCUCUCUUCCUCCUCAUCCCCCACCCCAUCCAGAUACUACUCCUACCCCUCUACUUCUUCCUGUUUUUCUUCCAUCUCCUCAACUUCCUUCCCUUCUUACUCUUCCUCUGCCUCCACAAAGUCAGGCCCCCUAUCCGGGAGCUCCAGCGGUGGGGGGGGAUUUGUUCCCUUGGCAACCGGGGGCAGCAUCCCUAUGGCAGCGGUGCACGGCACCACUUACUGCCCUCCCCCACCAACCACCACCCCCUCCCCUUCUCCCCUCCCCUCCUGUUCGCUGGAAGGCCCUGUUGCCAAUCAAGGCUCAGGCCAUGCCUCCUCUGUAUGUGUUUGCAGCUCAUGUGGUUGUCGUGGGAACUGUGGCGCCUAUGGGACGUUGCCGGGGUACGCUGCAGCUGGCUACCUGCAGCCGAUCUCGGCGGGGCCCUCCCUCUUCACCCUGGGCCCUCUGCUCCAUCUCAGCCCCCUGAUAACCACCUCCAGUACCGUGGGCGCCGCCGCAGCACCUUUCUCCUACCCACUGGUGGCACCGCCGCCCAUUUACCGACACAGCCCCUUGUCACAUGACCAGCAGGGCUUCAGUCUCUACCAGCCACAUGGCAGCAUAGUGGGAGCUGGAGGCCAGAAACGUUUAGCGGGGAACCUGUCAUGUUAUAACUGCGGUGCCAGCGGACACAGGGCUGAUGACUGCAAACAGCCACCUAUGGAUUCAAUGCAGCAAGGGAUGUUUCGGCUGAAGUACACUCCUCAUUUGGACAACCAAGACUCAGGGGAAUAACCAACGCUGUUGAGAUACACCAUGGGAUUUGAAAACGGGCCCACCUCCAGUUGUACCGCAUGUUUUUCCUAAAGCUGCCAGGCACUGGCCGGAAAAAUUAGCAUUGACGGAGGAGGAACCUCCUUUCAUCGACGCACUUUUUUCUGUUUUCAUAGUGAUGAUUUGAAAGGGAAGGACAACGCUAUCCUAUCAAAGACAUUUGCCAUACUUCAUGCCUUGGAGGCUCUCGGUAGCAGCCAAGGGAAUCAGAGAAUGUAAAAGACAGGAGCGGGAUUUCUUUGUUUUUAUAUUGUUUUACUAUGUCUUAGGAGAAGGCGGGAGGGCUGGGUGUAGGAAAAGGUGGGAGUAGGUAUAGGUGCGAAUAGGUAGAAGCAGACGAAAGGAGAACGAGUCUGGAGGAGACGUUCGUGUCCUGUUCUUUCAGCCCCUGUACCUUUAUUACAUGGAGAUCUGGUGGUUUGCGUGUGAGGCGUGCAUUUACGCUUUUCACCGAGACGAAGCUGGAACUCUGUCUCAUCUGCAGAAAUAACUACAACCUUUAUUAUCAGUGCUUGUGACACAAACACCCAACACCAUCUUGCUUCUGACAUGGUAUAACCACAGUCAGACCGAACAGACGAAGCCCCCCUCCUGCUGUAUGACGGUAGGAUUUUUGACCAUGUUGUAGGAAAUAAGUGUUGUUAAGUUUGUAAAACGGGAAAAGUGAUUUGAUGAGGUAAAAGCGCGGUCAGAAUUUGCAUAUUUAAACUAAGACGUGAGCGUUUAACAUUAACAUGUGAAUGUCCCUGUGGUGGCCUGGCGGCCUGUCCAGGGUGUCUCCCCGCCUGCUGCCCAAUGACUGCUGGGAUAGGCUCCAGCAUCCCCGCGACCCUGAGUAGGAUAAGCGGUGUGGAUAAUGGAUGGAUGGAUGGAUGUAAUACUCAUAAUGGUUGCAGUGUUGCAAAACUUCCACUUCAGAGUUUCUAAACACAGCAUUGUUAUUUAAUUUUAUUAUAUUGUCCAGCCUUAUGGCAAACCAGGAAUUAAGUUUUCACAUUCACAAAUUGUCCACCAGUGACGUCACUAAUGGACUCUUUCCCAUCACAAUUUCGGUGGCAUUUCAAGACUGUUUGAUAUUAUGGAUGCUAAGGGAGCGUUGUUCAAAAUCGUGUUAGUUUCCCUUCAAGUAGUUAUUACAAACAAUCAAGUCUUGGCUUUAAUCUUUCCAGUCUUCGGCUUAACCUUUCACAUCUUGGUUUUAAUCUUGCGAAUUCUGACACUGAUUUUACCUCACAGCUUACAAAGCCAUCUUGAGCUUACAAGCCAAAUGACAGUUUAAGAAUGUGGACUUUGGUCGUUCAGCUCUUCAGUGUGGGUUUACAUUGAAUCUCUUGGAUUGGAUAGAUUCAGCGAUCAAACCAAAGAUACAGCGUGUUGUACCCCCGCAUCAAAUUAAAGGUGCUAUGUGUAUUUUCUUCUGCUCAAAUCCUGCCCUCUGUCGUACGCCAAACCUAAAUAACGACAACAAAUCAAAACCACUGAGACACCCUCAGCUGAUGUUUGUAAGUUUGUAAGCUCCUAUGAAUGAAGUUAUGGGCAGGACCCAGUCUUCUGAAGACACAAAGAAUAAAUUGGUCCAAGGUCAAAAAACAACAACCGGGCGUCUGGGUAGAGUAGCGGUCUAUUCCGUUGCCUACCAACACAGGGAUCGCCGGUUCGAAUCCCCGUGUUACCUCCCGCUUGGUUGGGCAUCCCUACAGACACAAUUGGCCGUGUCUGUGGGUAGGAAGCUGGAUGUGGGUAUGUGUCUUGGUCGCUGCACUAGCACCUCCUCUGGUUGGUUGGGGCACCUGUUUAGGGGGGAGGGGGAACUAGGGGGAAUAGCGUGAUCCUCCCUCGCACUACGUCCGCCUUGGAGAAACGCCUCAUUGUCAGGUGAAAAGAAGCAGCUGGCGACUCCACAUGUAUCCAAGGAGACAUGUGGUAGUCUGCAGCCCUCCCCAGAUCGGCAGAGGGGGUGGAGCAGAGACCGGGACGGCUCGGAAGAGUGGGGUAAUUGGCCAGAUACAAUUGGGGAGAAAAGAGGGGGAAAAUUUUAAAAAACACGCAACAACCACCAAAACAUCAGCAACCCCUGAUGUUAUGCAUGGGGAAAUCCCAAAUAUUACACAUAGAACCUUUAAUGUGUCAGAUCCUCAGAUGUCUCAGAUUCAACUCGAAUUACAUUUCUUUUUUCCAUCGAUCACACUGCUGAAACUUCAGACCCUCAUUACAGGAACCUCAGCGGGCUCAAUCGUAACAAAGGCAAACCUCAGUAAGCUAGCUAGCUAGCUAGUAAACAUCCAUAUCUGUACAGGUGCACGUAGACACCGUGUCCACUUUUACUGUUGACGCAAAACAGUGUUAUUAUCCCUUUCACCGAACAUUAGAAAAGGUGUUGUUCGACAUCAGCCGUUUUUUGUUUGACUCGAUUUUGUUUGAUUCAGAAGUGUCAGGUGUGUCUGGACCGAUCAUGAAAGUCUGAUUUGUAGAAUUUACAAAAGGUAACUGUAAUUUGUGAUUGUACGUACCUCUCUCAUAUAUACAUGUGUGUACAUACAUAUGUGUUGUUGCUGUAUGCCAGCCACCGUCUAGUCGAAGCUUACACACAUCUUUCAGAACAGUGCCUGGGAUUCCACUUUGGGUCACCUUCGAGUGAAUUGGCCUCUCUACCUCCAAGACGGCCUUGAUGGCGUGUCGGACGCCAUUGCCAAAUCCAGCCCGUCGAACAAGGCACGAGGAAGGGCAGCAGGUCAAGAUGUGUUGCAGCUGUAUUUCCAUCUACUUUCAAAGCCUUUUCAAAAAUGUUAAUGUGUUGUUUGAGUCUGCUUUUUUUUUUCUUCUUUUUUUUCCCAAAGUUGGCGUCCAGAUUUUUUUUACUUCCGCGCAGAGGACUAUCAACAUUGCAGCCAAAGCAAGUUAGCACUCUUUCAUUUAAAUGGCGUUUCAUUUUUUCCAGGUGUUAAUUCUUGUGAAUGUUAAGCUGCCUGUGUUUUAUAGUCAAAAACAAAAAACAUGUUCUCUACUGAGAAAAACUGGAGCAGUCUCUCUCUCUCUUUUUUUGUUUUGGCCACCAUGUGCGAGGUUUUGAGUCCAAGCUGCAGUUUUUCAGUGGUUGGGAACAGGGGUGACGGUUCCGGCAGUUUGAUUGAGGACCUUAAGGUUUGCGAGCUGCUUGGUUCAAUAAAAUGUAGAGUUGUCUGAAAGGAAGUUGUACGUUUCGUGGAGGUGUGUGUAGAAGCGGAUGUUCAGCGGAGUGUAAAGCCACCUGGCUGUGGUUUGUGAGGUACUUUCCAACCGAGUGAUUUUGAGGUUUCACGCUUUGUUGUUACGAGACAGGACGGUUAGAUGCACCGCUCGCCUGUGUGGGGACAGAAAAUGAGAGAAUUUGCUCACGAGUGGGAAGAGUCAUGAUCUGCGAAGGUGUCUCGCAGGGUUCAAACAGAAGCAGCUUCCUGGCAGUGUCGUUUGGAAAAAAAACCCUAUAAACGAGGUGCUGGGCAGGACCCAGUAUCCUGAAGACACAAGGACGACGGGUCCUUCAGCAUCAAGUCUGUACCCCUGGAGGGCACGGCACGGGGACACGGGGUGUUAUUUUAAAGUGGUGAACACUAGAAAUGCUUACCACUUGCAAGUUUCAUUUUAAAUAGUAAAUGUAGAUUUGUGUAAAGUCUUUGUUCUUUGACAUUGCAAUGAGAAAUGUGUUUUCUUUGGAAUAUUGUGCAACAUACAUAUGAUGUCUACAGAUAUAGGGCACCGCCCUGGCUCAUUAUUAACCGGACUUACUGCCAUACAUGCUUGUAGUUAGCGUAAGAGGCGACAUGGUGUUUUGUAAAUCACAGAAGUAAAGACUUUGGAGGCCUGAAAAAAGCACUACCGCCGCAGGAUGUUUGGGAGAAUUUUUGUUUGAAUUUUUUCCUUUUUUUUUGCCCCUUUUUCUCCCCAAUUGUACUUAGCCGACUCUUACCCCACUCUUCCAAGCCGUCCCGGUCGCUGCUCCACCCCCUCUGCCGAUCCGGGGAGGGCCGCAGACUACCGCAUGCCUCCUCUGAUACAUGUGGAGUCGCCAGCUGCUUCUUUUCACCUGACAGUAAGGAGUUUCACCGGAGGGGGGGCAUAGUGCGUGGGAGGAUCACGCUAUCCCCUCCCCCCAGUUCCCCUUCCCCCUGAACAGGUGCCCCGACCGACCAGAGGAGGCGCUCGUGCAGCGACCAAGACACAUACUCACAUCCGGCUUCCCACCUGCAGACACUGCCAACUGUGUCUGUAGGGGACGCCCGACCAAGCCGGAGGUAACUCGGAGAUUCAAACUGGUGAUCCCCGUGUUGGUAGGCAACGGAAUAGACCGCUACACCACCCCGACGCAUUUGUUUGAAUUUCUGUUGCACUUAUAUGUGCACUGUGUGUGCAUGGAAACACUUUAUACAUGGGGUUCCAGUGAUUUGACAGCAACAGGAAAUGCGUUAAUAUCUCAGUUUUGGUAAAUUGUAAUGCAAAGUCUCUUUCAGACAAAUUGCAUUAGUAUACUGUGUACUGGUACUUUUACAUACGUUUACAGCAGAAAAGAAAGGAUGGCUCGUGCUGCAUUGGUGAGAAACCAAACUAAGCGGUCUUUAACUCAGUUAUGAGUUCAGUUUUUCCUUCAGACUGACUACAAGAGACUUAAAGGUCUUUCCUCACUGAAUUCUACCUUAAAUGCAAUGCCAGUGCUGAACCCCAAUCCUGCUCCCAAGUCUAAUUCGGUCCGUAGGCAGAGUAGCACUUCAGGGUUACAGGGUGUGAUUACCACGAAGCCUAAUUUACUUGCUUGGCUUUUGUCUGUGAAUGUUCUCAUUCAUCCAGGUCAUGGUUAUCAAAAGGAGUUGAAUCAA